CAGUCUUCUUCUUCCUCAGGCGCUUCUCCUUCUAUCUCCUCUCCUUGUCUCUCCUCCAUGGUGAAGCUCGUGUGACGGUUGGGUCCCUUCUUCGAACGAGGGUUGGUGGUGCAAGGGGGGAGAUCCAGAUCUGGGUUCCUUCAGUCAUGCUAGCCUAACGCGAUAGGGGAACCCAAGAUCUGGGUUUCCUUUGUUGUCUGAAUCUCGUGCGAAGGAGAAGGUUGAUUUUUGGGUGGGAGGAAAUCCAGAUCCUAAGUUCCUUCUGCACCCACAUUUGUAUUUGGGUUUUAUUGUUCAAAUCUUGAUUGCUGCAAUUUUGGGUCUAAAAGCAUUAAAAUUUGAAUGAUGACAAUUGGAAUUGCAGGUUAAAUCUUGAUUAACUCCAUGUAGGACUUGGAUUUGGCAUAUGAAACCCUGCUCUACUCCUGCUAGGACUUGGAUUAUAAACCCACCCAUGCCCUCUCUCCUCACUUUAUAUAACAAACCAAAUCAAACCAGUUUUUGUGAGUCACCCACCCUUGAUUAAUUUGCUUUCUUCCUCUCUGCGCCACAGUAAUUCUGAUAGUAUGGUUGUGCUAUUCGAGACAACGGGACCUUCCUUUUACUAUUGUAAGGUUGGAGAUCAACAAUGGACAUGGAUCGAGCAGCUCGUCUCUCCCGAAUUAAAUCCUGUUACGUUGGAUGGUAGGAUUUUCUUUUGUAAUACUAAGGGAGGAGUGUGGGGAGUAGGAACGAUUGAUAUCAAUCCAGACCGUCUGGCCUUUAGCUUUUUAGGCCUGCAGGAUCCUCGUCUCAAUGUUCCUUGGGAAUGUAUACAAGAUUAUUUGGUGGAAUCCUUCGGGGAGAUAUUUAGUUUUCGUUUUCUGCGCAAUGCAGAUUAUGGGUGGGAGGAUCAUGAAGUAAUUGCUGUGCAAGUUUUCAAAUUGGAUGUAUCCCGGAGGGAAUGGGAGAGGGUACAGAGUUUCAAGGACAGAGCAUUCUUUCUAGGUUCUUUCCCGUUUUCAUGUCCUGCAACCCAGACAGGAAUCAAAGGCAACCAUGUUUACUUCCAAUUAUAUAAUGAUCCUACCCUAUACGUUUACAACAUGGAAGAUGGGACUGUUUUGUUUUCCAUGCCUUGUCCAAAUUUAUCAGAAUGGUAUACAUCUUUCUGGACUAUACCAAACUUAGGAAGGUAAGAUCGGUUUUACUUCUUAAUUGUUUUUUU